CCAACAUAGUUAAAUUUAAGUAUUUGUGAUUUUUUUUGAUGUUUAGCUAGUUUAUCUUGAAUUCAUGGAAAUUGGAAAAUAAUUUACUUUUUUGUAAUUAGAAGGAUAUAAAAUAUCUUUGGAAAUUGUGAAGAUGUCAGCCAUGGACGAAGGAAAUAAGGGUCAAGAAGCGAUUUCGGAUGGAGUUGUUUUCGGACAUCGUGUUUGUCAAACAAAGGACGCGCAAUGGCUUUGCCUUGAUAACAUGUACCAGAAGUUCUACAGAAACAAUUUAUAUGAUAUUGGCGGUACAUAUAUAGAGGAUGUCUCAGACUUCUGGUUCCUAUAUAGAACUGAAACUGUUGGGGAUAUAUUCCUGCUCCAUCUGCUCGUGAGCAACCGGCACGAGACCUCUUUCAACAUAUCUGUGAGCUUUGGUAAUGAAAUGAAUAUAGACAAGAAGAAUGGGAUUGUGUACUUACCUAAAGAUCUCAAGGAAUUACAAUUUUCCAAACAAAAAGAGAUGUCUCAGAAUUAUAUAACCACUUACAGCUUCACAGACCUGGAUGUAGAUGCGCUGAUGGAUAGGAAAUUGUAUAUUGCCGUUUCAUUUUCCGAUAUUGAAGAUAAAGGCAUCAAGCAGGAGGUUAUUGAUCAUGUCAAAGUUAACCAUGACUUCAGUAUCUUAAUGACAGACCCAAUCUGUACAGAUUUUGUCAUAGAAUCUGCAGAUGGAGAUAAAUUUAGAGUACACAAAGUUUUACUGCUAGCUCAUAGCGAAGUGUUCAAAGCUAUGCUGAAAGAGGACACUGCUGAGAGCCAAAACAAUUACGUGAAGCUGGUUGAUGUCUGUACUGAUGACCUUCGUGGUAUACUGGAAUUUGUGUACACUGGGACCAUCAAAGAUAUUGACGCUGCAAACUUCUUCAAUUUACUCAUGUUAGCUGACCAGUACAACCUGAAGGGUCUCCGUGAGCUGGCUCAGUACACACUCUCCCAGCAGCUCUGCACUGACAAUGCACUUGAAGUGCUAGUAGUAGCUGACAUGUACAACUCAGAUAUCCUAAAACAAACUACCCUCAAGUUCAUCAAGAAGAAUGUUGCCUCUCUCAAGUCCAGCACAUUCAAGGAAAUAAAGAAUGCCGAUUUAAUUCGAGAGCUAUGUGAAUACAUUGUACCAAAAGAUUAAAUUAUUAUUUAUAUAGCAUUUUCUUUAUCUGUGAUUAAUAUUUUUUAUUAGCCUUGUAAGUUUCAAUCAAAUGUAAAACAUUUUAAUCAUAAUUGUAGUCUAAUAAAAAUUACCUUGAUGUUUGAA